GCUCCUGGUACCUUACUAGCUCUGAGACGCGCAGCGCGUACCCCACUCGGACUCACUCAUCACAUAUCUACCACGAUCGCGACUACGACCACGGCCACUCCACGAGCACACCACGAUGACGACGGACACGAUCCCGGAAGAGCUCCGCACGGAGCUGCUAGCGACGCUGCGGCACGCGACCGAAGAAGAAGCAUGGCUGUACCUCACGACGCGGUUUACGAUAGUGCAGCGGGCACGGGCACCACGGAUCGACGUCCUCAAGCUGAGCGACGACAUGCUACGCGAGCACUGCCGCUUCCCAUCACGCGACCUGGCGGAGAUCCCGCCGCUCCUCGGGCUCCCAGAGCACUUCAGCACUUCCAGCGGGCACCGGUACUCGCGCACCGAGGGGCUAUUUUUCCUGUGCGCGCGGCUGGGCUCCCGGGAGCCGCUCGGCGCGCUCGCCGCACGCUUCGGGCUCACGCCGCCGGAGCUGGCAGAGUGCGUGAACUACCUCGUCGCCUGGAUCGAUGAGAAGUGGGGGUUCCUGCUGUACGAUCAUAGCUCGGGCCUGCUGACAGAGCAGCGCCUCGAGCUGUUCACAAGCAAGGUGCGCCAGCGCCAGGCGGAGGCGGGCGCCCCCUGGCCAAAGGUCUACGCCUUCUUGGGAAGGCCCGUAUACCGCCCGUCGGAGUGGCAGCAUGAGUGCGGCGUGAGGAAUGAGCUGUCCGCGCUCGAUUACACUCCUGUCAAGUGCCCCGACGGAUUGAUUUAUCACGCCUUUGAGCCGUAUGACCCGCUGGGUGGUUAUAGUUCGGAGGAGGAGGACGAGGAGGAGCAGGGCGAAGUGCCGGUGGGCUAUGAUUUGGAGAAGGGGGAGGUGCCGGUGGGCUAUGAUUCAGAGGAGGAGGAGGAGGAGGCGCCGGUGGGCGAGGACUCGCUCCUGUCGACUAUGGUCGUCGGAAUGGGCCUCGACACCGAGGAACAAAUGGAGAACGCGCCGUCUCCUGUGACGGCAUCGGUUGUGCCGCCGUUUCUAGAGCUGAAUCUUGAGGCCGAGGAGCAAAUGGAGGAUGCGCCGCCAUUUCCGGUUGUUAAUGUUCUGUCUCCUUUUGAAGAGAUGAAUCUUUUAUUAUCUGCGGGGCAGCGAGAGGAAGAAGAAGAGGAGGAGGAGGCGGGCGAUAUUUCCAUGGCUAGCAUGGCCAGCAUGGCCAGCAUCGACAGUAUGGCCAGCACGUCCGAGUCGGCACGAAAACAACGAGUGCAAUGGGGCUACGAGGACGUCGUCGAUCUGUGGGAGUAUGUGGACGAUAUCGGCUCGCAGCAGCCACUGGGACCGAUCUACCGGGUGGCGAUCAUCAUGACUAACAUCCACGUCUGUAUCUAUGGCUGCGAUACUACACUGUACUUUAACUGCACUCCGCCCGAGGUAAAGGAUUACCUGCGGAUGCCAGGGCUGGAGGAAGUGGCAGAGUACCAGGAAGAAUACCAGGAAGAGUGAAGCUCUCCCACACCUGAUCACCUCAUGCAAGAUAAUAAACAGCGCCCCAUCCAUUGUAAUUUGUGGCAUACCUCAUGCGUCUGACGGCUACAUC